AUGAGCAGAGUUAUAGGAAAAUACGAGUACGAUGACGCCGGAAACGAGUCGAAUCAACAUGUGCGUAGAAAGGCGUGGCCUCUUGUGCUAACUUUGCGUGGUUCACACCGUAACUCGUCGGGUCUGGUUUUUAAUUUCCGGUUGCGGUAGUCUAACAAGUAAGGUAAAAUUAGCUAUGAAGUUUAAUUAUUCAAAGACGUCACUGUCCAAAAUAGUUACUAUUUUAAGACAUUUCGACACUUUUCAGUUCUUCAUAAAGGUGAGGUCAAGUUUCAGAGAUCUCCCAUCGCUAUUCAAAACAUAUUGAACUGAAGCAAGAGCAUGACAAACAAUAGACAGAGAACAACGAGUCGUCUUGGAAAGUUGAACAGAUUUUCAGAGCCAAUUGAAGAAAAGAACUAAAGAUGUACUGAGAUGCUAAGUGUCAGUGUUCAUCUUGAAAGUCCAUUUUGUCUGGCCGGGUUCAGGUUUCCUAGGCAGAGUGCUCUGCGCUGUUAUUUGGAAGUGAUAGUCAAAAACAAAGUGAUAAAAGGUCAACAGGAAAUAACAGCGGAAUCUAGGCAAACUCCACUUGGCGUCGCAUCUCAAAGAGUAUUUUAGGGAAUGAAGCUUGCAUACGGAGGCCGAAUUAACGACAAAAAAAACAAAUGACGAGAAGAGGUUACAAACGGGCCGCGUACUCUUGUUUUUGUUCUUGUUUCGAUCAAGUAAAUUGGACGUACGUUCGAGAUGUCUUGUUCUUGAGCAAGGAGGGAAUUUGGCUGGAAUCCCAGGAGGAAGUCUUGCGGAGAAAUAGGAACAAGUUGACUUUUUUGACCGGAUUAGUUGUCUAUCCAGAAUUGUUCCGUUUUUGAAUACAAAAGUUCCUUGAAUUCAUGCAUACUAAGAAAAAAGUGAACAAAUGGAAUAGACAACAAGUACAGUAAUCCGCGUCAUUUCGUUAAUCUGUUCCCGAUUUUCUUUUCCAGAUCUUCGAGUUUCGAGUCAUUUCCUUCUCCUACUGCCGAGCACAAACUUCACAAAUUUCUGCUGUGCGUCAAAGUUUGAUAAGAUGUCAUCGAACGCUCGCUAUCACGAAGAUGUAAUAUCAAAUUUGAAUUGCGAAUUGUCGUCGAUUCGGUCAUUCGUUAUUUCUCUAUCUCUCCCACUUUCUUUCGCUCUUUCACCGUCUCAAAAGUUUGAAAGCCGCUGUAAAUUGUCCGGAGAGUGACACUUAUCCUUCACAAACUCUCAGAUAUUACAUUUUGAAUGGCCAGUUGCGUAUUGCAAUGUAUCAUUUUGAGAUAACGUUGACCAGGGCGGCUCGUGUUUGCCCUUGCCCUGUCUCGCACUUUCAUUACUACCUUCUCGCCGCUCCUGCCGCUCCUGCUGCUGCUGCUCCAUGAGACUUCUACUUUUUGCUUUUAUUUUCUAUCUUACGGUAUCAGCGCCGGUGUCUAUACUACGUGAUCCAAGAGCACGAGUAGUACCGGAACUCGAUAUCAUCUAUGUGGAAUGGCAAUCGACACAACAACUACAGAGUGAGAAAAUUGAAAAAUGUUGGCUUUUCGGCUUCAUAAUAACUAAAAACUAUGAGCAUGGACUUUCAGCUAAACGAGAAAUGCACUUUUCUCAAAAUACUUUUGUAAUUAGCAUUCCCUAGAAAAUUGAUUUUCCUGUUAUCACGCACGAAAGGUAGUCAUAAUGUGGGCUGCUGAUAAAUGUUGAAUUUGAACAAAAAUUGCGAAUUUGCAGACGUAAUGUACACGGUUCGACACAAAUCGGGAGCGGAUCAAGCUGCGUGGAAAUACAUUAAAACUGUUCAAUCAAACGUUCGAAUUCCGUUGAACAUGUAUCAAAACGGCGAGAAUGUGCACGUCCAGGUAAGAGAGGAAAUGGGAAAACGGGUACCGACAUUCAUUAAAAUUUCAGAUAAAAACAGAGAGAGGGGCUCAAGUCGUCGAGGAUUGGACACAGGAAGUCGUUGUUGCGGUGGCCAAAAAGGUCAGCUUAAAAGAAAGAAAAGUGAAUAGAUAAAUAAGCAAUGGGGGAAUUUCUGACCAGAUAUGACCUGGGGUUUGGUUCUAAAAUUGUGUGGGGAAGGGGAGAAAAGCGGCGGAAACGGAGGAGUCGCUGUUUUUCCGAACAGCUAUUGAGACAAAGUAUCGGGAGGUUUGGGCUCUCUUCGAAAAGUCCAUAAUCCUGGGCGACGAGUCAUAAAGGGCCAAAAAACGGGGAAAAGGAAGCAAUAAAACGGCCAGGACUAAGGUUUGCACUCCUUUUCAAAAAUAAUUCUAGACUAGCGAUUCCUCGCGCCAAAACGUUUUUGGAAGAAACUUUUCUUUCUCUCUCUCCCUCUUCCAGAUGCAGUCAACAGGAUGUUCCACUUCCACCAUUGGCUGGCUAUUCUCUCUUCGGUUAGCCGGAGAUAUAUAGCCAAUGUGAUUUAUCGCUUCGGAAUUCUGACUAGUUAUUUGGAAGAAAAAUAUUGAAGUGAAGUGAGACUGAAAAAUGACUCGAAGGGAAGGGAAAGAGGGAAGAGGGUCUCGAAUUGGAGUGAGUAUUGUAAUAAAUAGUCCUGCAAUUUGUCAGAAAUGACUGAUUUCUGUGUUGGCGUGUAUUUUUGGAAAAGUGACGAAAGCACAUCAGAAGAAUCGGGUUUGCACAGAUUUAAUUUGAACGUUUCAAGAUUCACAAUAUUUGAUAGCAAACAAAUCGGAUGUUGUUUUUUAACAUAGAGAGAGAGAAAGAGAAAAGAGAGAGCCAUGUGAAUUUGCAAAAAGACGUGUAAUGCAGGAAAGAUACAUGAUCAGACAGACAACUCUGGUUUGAAAUGAACGAAACUCUUAAGAGUAAGCGUCACAAGAAAAAUAAAUUAACUAAAAAUAAAGAGCUGAUCCUUUUAGAAAUAAAAUAAGACCAAAUGUUUCAGAGUGUUCGAUCGGCUCCACUACGACCAGCCCCACCAGUGCCUGCGGUCCCUGCUGCUCCAGCCCCAGCGCCAUCUUUGACCCUCGCGUCUGCUCCGACCGUAGCACUUUCUCCGCCACUCCAUUUCAUUGCAAAUAUAAUGAACCCGACUACGGUCCAGCUGAAAUGGCAACCAGCAAUGCCCGGAAGACAAGGUGCGUGUGUUCAUGUGUGUUCUUUGAACAUUAAUGGUUCAUCUGAAGACACCUCAGACAAAACAUUGAAACUUAAAAUGUGCGUAUGUGUGUGCGAGACGACCUUUCAAUGGCUUCUGAAUACGUUGUCUGUCUGACGGCCAGGAGUCAGAGUCAGAUAUUCUCGGAAGAGUUAAGUAUUUAGAUACUAUGAAAUGAGUCCGGUCUUUUCUCACCAGCAGAAAAUACUUGAGAAAGUCCGAUAUGACACAGAGAAGGCCGAGUGGUCCCUUUGAGAAAAGAAAAACACUUUCUCCAGGAAAUGAAAGUUGAAAGCGAGAGUUGUUCCGAUGAGGGCUCACAUUACCUAUUGUGUUUUGAAAGCCGCACAAAUUACAACUGUUCCUACGUGUUUGUUUUCGAGAGGCCAACGAUAAGAUGAAAAUGUGGAAGAGCAGAAAACGGAAAUCAAGCAGCGACCAAAUAGAAUUCAUGAAAACAAGAGGGCAGGAAGCGGAAGAAAAGCGUAGCGUUUGGAUGGAUUCGAAGAAUUUAGGUCUACUUUUAUUAAACAUCCGUUAGGAUUGAAUUGACAGAAGGGACGGGAAAACACGUCACGGAGUAGGGCCAGACACGAUCGAGUUCAAGAACUUUCUCUAUUUCUAGCCGGAACGUUUUGCCGACUAAAAUCGCAAAAUGAACGGGCUUCUAACUUUGACGAGAGCACGAGACCAACAUCAGUGAAUGAAACGGAUAGAGGUGAAAUAGAGAGAUAGUUUUUGAAUAAUUCAACAGCGGACGGGCGAAUGCAUGAAAAAAACGAGUGGGAAGGACGGCAGAAGGCCAAAUUGGAUAAUGUUUCGCUGUGGAUAUUAGAGAUGCACUGAAACGAGCACAUAAUUGGAUGGAAACUGCGCACUAGUGACGCUGACUCGAGUUAACGGCUGAAGUGUCUGCAAUUCCAGUUAAAUGACAAUUAGUCAGAGGAAACGACGCAUAUUGGAUGCACAAAAAAAGGGUUCUGUUUUCUUGCGAACUCGUGCUCAGAGUCGAAACGAGGCGGAGGCUCAAUAUGCUCCAAAUGGCCUUACUACAACCUACGGCAGGAUGAAUGCAACAACAACAAAAAGAUAAGAGGAUUCGGUUUGGUGUGCACAGAAAAAGAAAAGAACAGAGAAUAUAUGGAUGUUUUUUUAGAGAUCCCACACAUGACUAGUCGCUAAAUUAUGGUCUUUCUUUUUCAGAUAUCUACUAUUUAGUGAACGUGAAGCAGCUGACAACAGCAUCAGGAAGCACACUUCAAAACCAACAAGUAUCAAAGAUCUCGUCGACAAACGAAUCAAACCGCAAAUGUUUCAGAUCAAAACUGCGGCCACUAGUUUUGUACUCGGAAAAAUGAUUGCCGGCGAAAAGUAUGAAAUGACAAUCAGAAGUGCAUCCAAACAGGACGCAGUUUCCGGAACCGCCGCGAUUGUCGAGAUCACAAUGCCAAGAGGUAGUGUUUUUUUGUGGGGCGACGGACUCAUUCGGUGACGAAAUAAGACUUAUGGAUCAAAAAAAUACGCACAGGUUUAGAAAGAGAUGAGCUGGCCGAACGAACGUGGACAAAUCUCGCCAAGUUCGUUCUAUGCAUUUUUCUGCGAAAACGUCAAAUGCAGAACGUUGGUCAUAUGUUCGUGGCCAACGUGUACCUAAUCUUUUUUGUGAACCUCGUUAGGAAAGUCUCAGAUAGUUAGAUGAGUCUAAACGUGAGAACACAACGGAUCAGAGAAAUCUUCAAAACGAAAAGAGUACAUUUUUAAAGCGUAUAAUCUAAGUCUAAAUCUGAAUAUCAUCGUUCUGAACACCGAGAAAAGUAGGAUUUCACAUGAGUUCCAAGUCAUCAUUAUAUCCUAUGACAUGAAUAGCUCAUAAUUGGUCACCUUUUGUAUGGACGAAUGCGUCCGAUCUUUACCUUUUCUCUGGGUGCAUGUAUUGGUGUGAAGAGAACAUAAGUAGAACGAAAAUAAUUUCAGAAUAUGACUACUUUGAAAUUGGAAACCUCAUCAUCAGUUCGUACUUCCGAAAUCCGACACAAGGCAUCGUCAACCUGACCUGGGAAGUCCCACAAACUAUGCAAAACAGGAUUGCGUGUACGUAAUAUCAUUUACGGAUAAUAUUAUAAUAUUUGACAGGCUUCCAACACUUUUUUGAUUUGUUUUCCAGCUUACAAUGUGGAGUACUCUGAGAUGGGCACCGGGUAUUGGCAGAAGAUUCAAUUCCACGGAGCAUCUUCUUCGGCGGCCCUGCACCAUUUGAAAAGGUUCGUUUUACAAAUUUCAUUAUCACCUUUUGUCUGUGUCUAUUCUAUCGCAUUCGCAAACAUUCGACAAAAAGGGGAAGCGUAAAGGAAAAGGUUCGGUUUGGUUCUACAUAAAAAGAAAACGAAGCAUUUUCGGCCGAUCCAUCUCUUUAAUUAAAAAAUCUUCUUGUUCCACACCAACCCCCUUAUUUGAUAUGCCGUAAAUCAUGGUGAGCAACGGGAACAUUGACUCAACGCGACAAAUAGAAAAGAGAAAAAGAAAGCAACAAACGAAAGGGAACAUUUGAAAAUAAACCAAAAAAAGGAGUGGGGGAGAGGGGUUCGAAAUGAAUAUUCAUACGCAACACAAGAUUUCUGCUCCUCUUCCAUACACAUACUUGAUUUGUUUCAGCAAUACGGAAUACUUGCUUCGCAUCAAAACUGUGUUGGCCAACAAUAUUAUCACCGAGAGCCGACAGUUCCGAUUCCGAACACCACGAGGUGAGGAACAACACAAAAAAACAGUCAUGGGAAGCCGGAAAGAAGAGAGAAUGAAAGAGAGAGGGGAAUCUGCAUUCCAAGCAGUAUGUGUGAAAAUGCAAAGUAUCUUGCACGGAAAUUUGUCAACACGUUGCGGUGUCCGGGGGCCCAAAACAUCUGGUUCUGUGUUGAUGAGGAACAUCGUGUCAAGAAAAUAUAUGCGGGGCGGGGGGAGAAGUGAACUUUAAGAAGCGCCGAAGAGCGCACAACGUUGAAUCUCAUGAAUAUUAGGUGUUCUUGCAGUGGAAGCGAAUCCGAUUCAUAAAGUGGACGUGAUCUAUUCGCACGAUGUCAAUUCUGUAAAGUUGCAAUGGAUGCUCGAGCCGCAUAUUCGAAUCGAAAACGUGGCCGGCUACGAUGUCUACUUGAGUCAAGACACGGUGAGAAUCGAAGAGCACACCAAUCUCUAUGCAAAUUAGAAAAGGGCAGGGCACACAUAUGAAUUGGCAAUGAGAAGUAAGGAAAAGAACAUAACGUCGCAUCGGAUGAAUAUUUGACUAAUCCCAAAUUGCACAGGAUAUACUAGAUUUAAGCUUCUAAUCCGUCAAUACUCUGCCAUUUUUUGUUCCGUUGUUUUCUCGUGUGAUCUCGAGAACAAGUACAGGGAAAACAGUUCUAAACAGUAAUUACCAUUAAUGGUAAUUUGAGAGGAGAGCGGAACAGAGGAAGGAAGGAAGAUAAAAAAAAAGAGAAAAGAAAAAAUAGGAUAACAUACGCUCGAGAAAUUUCGAAUGAACGGACGAAAACUUUUGUUGGAAAACAAUUUUAGAUUGAUGAGAUCGAGGGGUGGGGACAGGGAAAUUGAAAAACAGAUCGGCAAAAAUUAAAUGUUUUCAUUCUCGAGUUUUGUGCUUUAAGUUGAGCACGUGUAGGACAAAAAACACUCACAAUCUGUGAAAUUUGCUCUAACCUGAAAGACGCUCCAGUUUUGUUGCAAACUCAAAAUUACAAAAAGUAACGAUUUAGUAAAAAUGUGGCUUUAGCGACAAGUCUGGACAAUAUAUUCUUGUAGAAUCUUCCGGAUUCUCAAUGGAAACUCGUCCGUCUCAGCAACAAGGAAUCUCAUUUGUCUCUGGAUGAUUUGAAGAGCUCGACCGUCUAUUAUGUGCGUGUGAACGUUCGGAACACAGACGGAUCUGUGAUUCGCGCGCCAACAAUUUAUAGAUUCAAGACGAUUGGUGAGUGAGUGAAUGUGUGAGCUCAUACUUAAUUACAUGCUUUGUCUGUAUGCCCGGUGGGAAAACUGUGAUUCAUGAAAAGAAAGUGAGAAUGGGGAGGAAAGGGUCCGAAAGAACGAGUGAAUGUAAAAAAGGAAAGAGUUUAAGAUCAGAAAUUGAAUUUGGAAGGAAGAAGGAUGACGGGGGGUAGGUUCGUUCGUUCCGACCGACCGACCGACACGACACUUGAGCGUUCUUCAGGCUCAACUCUCAGAAACCGGAACUAAAAACACUUAUACAUGUGCUAAUCUUGAACUUUUCAGACUGGUCUAACACUAACCCCAAUGCCGAUUUCAAUCCGUUCGAUGAUUAACACCAACUAAUAGUGUUUUUGUUUGUUCUGAUCUAACCCAGUCUACCUCUACCUCACCCGGUUCGAUUCAAUAAAACAAGUUUUGUGUGAAAUGUAAAACCAACCGUAAAUGCAGACACUGCCGAAGAAGAGGAAUUCGAGGGAAACUCGCUGUCGUACCGGAACGUGGCUCCAGGAGAAGUUGAGAUUCGCUGGACGUUCCCGAAAAGCAUACUGGACAGCGUUAUUGGUAAGGAGAAGAAGAAGAAGAAGAAGAAGACGUUUUUGCUCGUUUUUUCUCUUGGUGAAUCAAUGAAAAACCGACAUUAAGAGAAGUCGUCCGUGGGGCUGGUCUCCGAAAAAAACAGAGUCAUUCCAUUACGUCUAGACGACGUUACACGGCUCUCUCUCUCUCUUCCUCUCUUUUCAAAUGAUUUAAUGGAUAUGUGUAUGUGUGCAUUAUAGGUGCUACUAUUUUGUACACGGAUCGCAAAGAUCUGACUCCGGAGCAGUGGCAGAAGAUUGAAAUUGAGGAUUCGAAAAAUGUACGGGAUUUAGAUGCAAUUCGAGUGUUAUAUGUGAUAUUUUCAGACUACGGUGCUCAUUAAAAAAUUGAAGGAAGGUGUGCGAUACUCUGUACAAAUCCUUCCACGGCUAUACACCGGAGAUUAUGACUUUGAGUCGCGGGAACUUUUCGAAUUCAAAACCGACAAACUGAGUGAGUGGCGGUUCUAUGGUUCUAUUGUUCACUUAUGAAUGUCUAAAUAUCGAGAACUUUCAGGUCACACCGGUGUUGCUCAUGGCACAGACGUCCGGACGCUUCCAAUUCAUGGGCACCCCCUGUCUGGGCCGCAUUUUGAGCAGAUGUCCCAUUCCGAGACGGAAUUCAUGCGCAUCGUCAGCUGUAACCCGGACGCAAUAAAGGUUAGGAGAAAAGCGCGUGUUAUUCUUGAGAAAAGUCAAAGGGCGGUUCGUCAAAACACGAAACUGAACAUAAAAUAUGAAAUGCAAAUCACUAGCGGAAAAAAGUCGCACUUAUGUUGGAGCAAGUCUCAUAAUUUUUAAGUGGUUGGCGGGCGAAGCGUUUCGAGAAAAAAAAAGAAAAAACAUGUUCAGUGAGGGACAUAUUCAAAGUUAUAAAUAAAUGUUGCAGACUGGAUGCGAUUGGGAUGAGAUCUGCAUAAACCGCGUCGAGGACCGUUCCAGGGGAUGGUGCAUCUCAAACACUCUUCGGGACAGCAUCUUGAACUCCUAA